GGGGUUAAAGUAUGAAAUUGCCGAUUUGUACUGAAAAAUAAAAAUUAGUUUUUUUAUUUUAAAUUUAACAUAUUUAUUUAAUCAAAAUAAUUGCCAUUUUUAUCUAUACAUUGCUGCCAUCUAAUAGGAAGCUCAUUUAUGCCUUUGCGAUAGAACUCUGGUGAUCUAGAUUCGACAAACUGUGUGAAAGCAUUUUGCACUGCCUCCUGAGAAGAAAACUUUUUAUCACGCAGAAAAUUGUCCAAAUCACGAAAAAAAUGGUAGUCCGUUGGAGCAAGGUCUGCCGAAUACGGAGGGUGACGAAUGGUUUCUAAUUGCAGUUCCUGUAGAGUUAAAACGGUUUCUCGUGCUGUAUGAGGUCUCGCGUUAUCAUGGAGCAACAAUGGUGAAGAUCGAUUCAUAAGUCGGGGCUGUUUCACUGCUAGUUUCGCUAUCAUUGUUCGGAGUUCGGCGCAGUAGACAUCUGCCGUUAUUGCUUGACCAGAUCGGAGAAAGCUAUAACCCUACCGGCUUGCAAACCACCCUCAGUGAGACUUAACGAUGGGAACAUGAUGCCGCACUUCGGCUUCGGCACUUGGCUGGGAUUUGAUGAGAAUGAGGUGCCAGUGCCAGUGACGGACAACUCGAUGGGGAAGGGGGUGGAGAUGGCGAUCGACGCGGGCUAUAGACACAUCGACACCGCCAGCAUUUACAACGAUGAGGACCAGGUGGGAGAAGCGUUGAGCAAGAAGAUCGCGGAAGGCGUGGUGAAGAGAGAAGACCUGUUCAUCACCACCAAGCUGUGGAACGACGCGCACGCGCGCGACGCCGUGCUGCCCGCGCUGCGCGAGUCGCUGCGGAGGCUCAACCUCACGUACGUGGACCUCUACCUCAUCCACUACCCCAUCGCCACUAAGACCGUGGCGUUCAAGCCCUACGUAGACAUAGACUACGUGGAGAGUUGGCGCGGCAUGGUGGACGCCAAGCAGCUGGGCCUGGCCAGGUCGAUCGGCGUGUGCAACUUCAACGUGACGCAGCUGCAGCGCCUGCGCGCCAGCAGCGACGCCGAGCCUGCCGUGCUGCAGAUUGAGACGAACCUCAACCAACAGCAACCAGAACUAAGAGAAUACUGUCACAACCACAACAUCGCAGUGAUAGGGUACACGCCCUUCGGCUCGCUGUUCCCCGGCCGCGCCAAGCCCGACGCUCCUCCUCCGAGAGUGGACGACCCUCAACUUGCAGCCAUCGCCGGCAAGUACAACAAGACCGUGCCGCAAGUGGUGCUCAGGUAUCUGUUGGAGCUGGGCGUGACUCCGAUCCCCAAGUCGGUGCACAGCUCCCGCAUCUCGGAGAACCUGGACAUCUUCGACUUCCAGCUGGACGAGUUCGACCGCCGGCAGCUGAGGAGCUACCACAACAACUACCGCACCAUCCCCGUCACGUUCUUCAGGGAUUCCCCGUACUAUCCCUUUGAGUUACCAUAAACAAGACUGAUUUUUUUUUGAUUGGUGUAUGAAAUUUUUGGGCGGGGUAUUUGUAAAUAAAUACCUACAGAAUAAAUUCAAAUUUCAAAUGAAAUAAA